AUGGACUUCACAGAUUGUUCCGACUUGCUCCGACACGGAUUUACUGCUAAUGGUGUUUACACCAUCUACCCAUCGACUCUCUGGCGACCACUUCAAGUCUACUGCGAUCAAACGACGGCUGGGGGUGGCUGGACUGUGAUUCAACGGAGACAAGACGGUUCAGAAAACUUCACCAGGCCCUGGAUCGAUUAAGCCUAUGGAUUCGGGACCCUGAGCGAUGAAUUCUGGCUGGGUAAUGAGUUCAUACAUCGACUUACGUCAACAGUACCCAAUGAGCUGAGAAUAGAGUUGCAGGAUUUUGAAAACGACUAUCGCCAGGCUCAGUACGGACGCUUCGUUGUGGGGCCAGAAUCCGAUCUGUAUAGAUCAACGAUUGCAUUCUUCAAAGGGAACGUAACAGAUUCUUUGAUUUCUGAGCACAACAACAAGCAGUUUUCCACUGUCGAUAACGGUCCAUCACAAACCUGUGCAAAGCAGUACAAAGGCGGUUUCUGGUACGGCACGUGUCAUAAUGUGAACAUUAACGGGUUAUAUCUUAAAGGCAAACACGAAACAUACGCUGACGGUGUUAUCUGGAAGGAUUUUAAGGGAUAUCAUUACUCUCUCAAAUUCACCGAGAUGAAAAUCAGACCUCAUUAA